AAUCUGUUUCGACUAUUAACAGCACUUAUUUCUCCUUUGUUGGACCUUCUCUUUGUGGAUAUUUAUCGAAACCAUGGGUCGUCGUCGGUUGCGUAGGGACCGCACCCAGAAUGAACGUUCCCGUUCGCGUUCCAGUUCUCGCCCCCGACCCACGCGCUCCAAUGCGAUCUUUGUAGACAAAUCCCGACUGGAACGACGUCCGGGUCGUGCUCCCUCGUCCUGGGACAUUCCGCCGGCCGGGUACGAACACCUGACUCCGCUCCAGUACAAGGCCAUGCAGGCCAGCGGGCAGAUAGCCUCGCGGAUUCUGCCGGAUGCCCCGCCCACCGCGGAGUCCGCCGCCAUUGCGAUGGUCACCCGACAAGCGCGUCGUCUGUAUGUGGGCAAUAUUCCAUUCGGCAUCACGGAGGAGGACAUGAUGGAGUUCUUCAACCAUCAGAUCCUGUCCUUGGGACUCGAGGGCUCGCAGUAUUUGGACGGCAAGGCGGUGCUGACGUGUCAGACGAAUCUGGAGAAGAACUUCGCCUUCCUGGAAUUCCGAUCGAUGGACGAGGCCACCCAGGCCAUCAACUUCGAUGGGAUCAGCUUCCGCGGACAGACCCUGAAGAUACGAAGACCCCACGACUACCAGCCGGUGGCCAACGGGAAUUCCUCGGAUUCGGACACUGGUUUUAGUCUGCCCCAAACCACUUUCACCAUGCCUCCCAUUGCUGCCUCUGCCGCAUCACAUGUGAUCUCCCCCCUCGUUCCCGACUCUCCGAACAAGAUCUACGUGGGUGGCCUGCCCACUUGCCUGAACGAGAAUCAGAUCAAGGAGCUGCUACUGUCCUUCGGGAAGCUGAGGGGAUUCAACCUGGUGAAGGACAGCAGCACGAGCUUGAGCAAGGGCUUCGCCUUCUUCGAGUACCUGGAUCCCACGGUCACGGAUCAGGCCAUAGCUGGAUUGCAUGGCAUGCAGUUGGGGGAUCGCAAGCUGGUGGUCCAGCGCUCUAUUGCCGGGGGAAAGAACGCGAUUACUGGACAGGUGCCCACGGUGCAGGUUCCGGGGAUAUCCUCGCUUUUAAACGCCGGCACAGCCACCGAGGUUCUGUGCCUGCUCAACAUGGUCUUGCCGGAGGAACUGCUGGACGACGAGGAGUUCGAGGACAUCCGCUCGGACAUCAAGGAGGAGUGCACCAAGUACGGAGACGUCCGCACCAUCAAGAUCCCCCGACCCAUGGGCCAAUCCCCGCAGCGGGGCUGUGGCAAGGUCUUCGUCCAGUUCGAGUCCGUGGAGGAUUGCCAAAAGGCCUUGACGGCGCUGAGUGGACGCAAGUUCAGCGGUCGCAUCGUGAUGACCUCCUUCUACGAUCCCGAAAAGUACCUGGCCGAUGAACUUCAAUAAUCAAUUUAAUAAUAAUAAUACAAGAAAUUUAAAAA